UUCAAUCGAAUUAAAGAAAUCCAGCCUGGUGCAUUUAGGAGGCUUAAAAAUUUGAACACAUUACUCCUCAACAAUAAUCACAUUAAAAGAAUACCAACUGGAGCAUUCGAAGACCUUGAAAAUCUAAAAUAUCUAUAUCUGCACUUUAACCAAAUUGAAACAUUGGAGCCAGAAUCAUUCACCCAUCUCCCCAAACUUGAAAGAUUAUUUUUACACAACAACAGAAUCUCUCAUUUAAUUCCUGGGACAUUUAGUAAUUUGGAAUCCAUGAAACGACUACGUCUGGAUUCCAACGCACUUCACUGUGACUGUGAAAUAUUAUGGCUGGCAGAGCUGUUAAAAACAUACGCUGAAUCUGGUCAUGCGCAGGCUGCAGCCACAUGUGAAUAUCCAAGAAGGAUCCAGGGAAGGUCUGUGGCCACAAUAACACCAGAAGAACUUAACUGUGAGAGGCCAAGAAUUACAUCAGAGCCUCAGGAUGUGGACGUCACCUCAGGGAAUACCGUCUACUUCACUUGCAAAGCUGAAGGAAAUCCCAAACCAGAAAUCAUUUGGCUUCGCAACAAUAAUGAACUCAGUAUGAAAGCAGAUUCUCGAUUAAACUUGCUUGAUGAUGGGACUUUAAUGAUUCAGAAUACUCAAGAGACAGAUCAAGGCAUUUACCAAUGCAUGGCAAAAAAUAUAGCCGGAGAAGUUAAAACUCAAGAAGUAACUCUGCGCUAUUUUGGUUCGCCAGCUCGGCCAAGCUUUGUGAUUCAUCCACAAAACACAGAGGUUCUGGUUGGAGAAAGUGUCACCCUGGAAUGUAGUGCAACUGGGCACCCCCAACCGCGUAUCACAUGGACAAAAGGUGACAGAACACCUCUGCCGAAUGAUCCACGGAUCACCAUCACUCCCUCAGGAGGGCUUUAUAUCCAGAAUGUGGAGCAGGAAGAGGGUGGUGAAUAUACCUGCUUCGCAACCAACAGUCUAGAUAGCAUCCAUGCGACUGCCUUCAUUAUUGUGCAAGCUGUACCUCAGUUUACUGUGACCCCUCAAGACAGAAGUGUGAUUGAAGGACAGACUGUCGAUUUCCCUUGUGAGGCACAAGGAUAUCCACAACCAGUCAUUGCGUGGACUAAAGGAGGUAGUCAGUUGUCUGUAGAUAGAAGACACUUAGUUUUGUCUUCUGGAACUCUGAGGAUUUCCACAGUGGCUUUACAUGAUCAAGGACAAUAUGAAUGCCAAGCUGUCAACAUUGUAGGAUCUCAAAGAGUUGCUGUCCAUCUGAAUGUACAACCAAGAGUAACUCCUGUGUUUGCUAAUGUUCCAAGUGACAUGACAGUGGAAGUGGGUACAAAUGUACAAAUUCCAUGCAGUUCUCAAGGAGAGCCAGAGCCAAUAAUAACAUGGAAUAAGGAUGGUGUUCAGGUGACAGAAAGUGGGAAAUUCCAUAUUAGCUCUGAAGGAUUUCUUACUAUUCGAGAUGUUGGCCCGGCAGAUCAAGGCCGUUAUGAAUGUGUAGCAAGGAAUACGAUUGGAUAUUCCUCAGUUAGCAUGGUACUAACUGUGAAUGUUCCUGAUGUGAGUCGAAAUGGAGAUCCAUUUGUAGCAAGCUCAAUUGUUGAAGCUAUUGCUACUGUUGACAGAGCAAUAAACUCCACACGCACCCAUUUGUUUGAUAGUCGCCCUCGAUCUCCAAACGAUUUACUAGCCCUAUUUCGAUACCCAAGAGAUCCUUACACUAUUGAACAAGCAAGAGCUGGAGAAAUAUUUGAAAGGACAUUACAACUAAUUCAGGAACAUGUACAAGAUGGUUUAAUGGUUGACCUUAAUGGAACAAGUUAUCAUUAUAAUGAUCUGGUAUCCCCGCAGUACUUGAAUCUGAUCGCUAACCUAUCAGGCUGCACUGCCCAUAGGCGUGUGAAUAACUGUUCAGACAUGUGCUACCAUCAGAAAUACAGAACACACGAUGGCACCUGCAAUAAUCUCCAGCAUCCAAUGUGGGGAGCAUCUCUAACGGCCUUUGAACGAAUGCUGAAAUCAGUCUAUGAAAAUGGUUUUAAUUUGCCAAGGGGCAUCGGACCUAAUCGACGUUACAAUGGACAUACGCUCCCAAUGCCACGUUUGGUAUCAACUACGUUAAUAGGGACUGAAACAAUAACUCCAGACGACCAGUUCAGUCAUAUGCUAAUGCAGUGGGGCCAAUUCCUGGAUCAUGACCUUGACUCCACGGUGGCUGCCCUAAGCGAAGCCAGAUUUUCAGAUGGUCAGCAUUGCAGUUCAGUUUGUACCAAUGACCCUCCGUGUUUCUCUAUCAUGAUCCCACCCAAUGACCCUCGAGUCAGAAAUGGAGCACGGUGCAUGUUUUUUGUACGUUCCAGUCCCGUGUGUGGAAGUGGCAUGACCUCCCUUCUCAUGAACUCUGUCUACCCACGAGAACAGAUCAAUCAGUUGACCUCGUACAUCGAUGCGUCCAAUGUAUACGGCAGUUCGGAGCACGAAGCGCAAGCGGUCAGGGACGUGGCAAGCCACAGGGGCCUCCUGAGGCAGGGUAUUGUGCAGAGAUCCGGAAAACCUCUCCUUCCAUUUGCGACUGGCCCUCCAACAGAGUGUAUGAGGGAUGAGAAUGAGAGCCCAAUUCCCUGCUUCUUAGCUGGAGACCAUCGAGCCAAUGAACAGCUGGGACUCACCAGUAUGCACACACUGUGGUUUCGGGAACACAACAGAAUUGCUACUGAAUUACUGAAGCUGAACCCACACUGGGAUGGUGAUACAAUAUAUCACGAAACACGUAAAAUCGUUGGUGCGGAGAUGCAGCAUAUAACCUACAGCCACUGGCUGCCUAAAAUCCUGGGAGUGGUAGGCUUGAAGAUGCUCGGCGAAUAUAAAGGUUAUGAUCCCAAUGUUAAUUCUGGCAUCACCAAUGAAUUUGCAACUGCAGCUUUUAGGUUUGGACACACAUUGAUCAAUCCCAUCCUCUAUCGGCUGGACGAGAAUUUUGAAACUAUUCCGCAGGGCCAUAUCUCUCUCCAUAAAGCUUUCUUUUCCCCAUUCCGGAUUGUAAACGAAGGAGGCAUUGAUCCUCUCCUUCGGGGGUUAUUUGGCACUGCUGGUAAGAUGCGUGUGACUUCUCAGUUGUUGAACACUGAACUGACGGAGAGACUUUUCUCCAUGGCACGAGCAGUAGCUCUAGAUUUGGCUGCGAUGAAUAUUCAGAGAGGGAGAGAUCAUGGAAUCCCACCAUACCAUGAAUUUAGAGUUUACUGUAAUCUGUCGUCCACACACACAUUUGAAGAUCUAAAAAAUGAAAUAAAGAAUCCUGAAAUCAGAGAAAAACUCAAACGAUUAUAUGGUUCACCACUGAACAUAGAUUUAUUUCCUGCUCUUAUACUAGAAGAUCUAGUUCCAGGAAGCAGGUUGGGACCUACACUGAUGUGUCUUUUGAGCACACAGUUUAAACGUCUUCGAGAUGGAGACAGGUUGUGGUAUGAGAACCCAGGUGUGUUUAGUCCAGCUCAGUUAACUCAGAUCAAGCAGUCAUCCCUUGCAAGAGUUCUCUGUGACAAUGGGGACAACAUAACCAGAGUGCAGCGUGAUGUUUUUAGAGUGGCUGAAUUCCCACAUGGCUAUGGAAGCUGUGCUGAAGUUCCUAAAGUGGAUCUCAGGAUGUGGCAAGACUGCUGCGAAGACUGCAGAACUAGAGGACAGUUCAAUGCAUUUUCUUACCACUUCCGAGGAAGGCGCUCUCUUGAUUAUAGUUUUCGGGAAGAUAAGCCUUCAAAAUAUCUAAAAAUUCCAAGAGCAUCAAGUUUUACAAGAGGGAAUACAUUCUUUAACGGCACUACUUCCUCCUUGGAGGAGCACAAAAAAGCCUCCACAAUGAAUGAUUUCAAAGAAUUUGUUGGAGAUAUGCAAAAAACAAUUACAGACCUCAGAAAACAGAUAAAGAAACUUGAGUCACGGCUCAGUAGAACCGAAUGUACUGAUGAAAACGGCAAAGCUUAUUCCAGUAAUGACACAUGGAAAAAAGACCCCUGCACCACAUGUGAAUGCAAGGUUGGUCAGGUCACCUGUUAUGUGGAAUCGUGUCCAUCACUUGAUUGUGCUACACCUGUGAAGCUGAAGGGCAUUUGCUGUCCCGUGUGCCUAAAACAAACUGUUAGCAAGGGAAAUGCACCCUAAGUCCCAAUUGUCACAUGUCAAGUUAUAUUGAUAUCUGCUGAUGGCAAAUGCAGGUAACAGUAGGCUUUAAACCACAAUAGAGAACCAAGAUGUUAAAAUAGCAUUCAGAUGAUGGGGUAACAGUGUAAGAAAAUCUAUUUUACUUCCUUAUCCAUUGGAAAACUACAAGGUGAAAAGUAUCGAAAGGGAAUACACAGUGUUAGUCAAGAUAAUUUUAUGUUGAAACUUCUCAGGUUCAAGAGACUAAAAACUGGUGCUAUUUUUUUUAAAGCAUUUGUUUAGUUUUUUUUAGGAUCCCAGAUUGAUUUUUCUUUCUUUGUACACUGGUAGGAAAUCAGGUGCCAUUGGAGGAAAUAAGGUCCACAUAACAUAAUGCCUGGGUUUACAUACUGUAUUAUGUGGUUCUGUAAACCAUGGCUUACUGCUAGGUGUAUUUACAUCCAUUAUAGCUCAGUGAAUGCACCAUGGUAAAAUCAUGGCUUAGUGCAAUAUAUGAACACAGAUAUUGCCUGCAUUCAUAUAUCAUUCCACUGAUACUUGACCAUGUCAUACUGAAUAAACCACAAUUGGUUGAAUUCUUCCAUGCCUGGGCUACAGAACUCUGGAAUAUCACUAGAUGACAGCAAAGGAUGUAUGAGAAAAUAAUAUCUGGAUUUUUGGAUUCCAGUUCUGGGGCACUGAAUAAUAUGCUAAACUAUAAACUAAGUUUUUCAAAGACCAGGGUGACUGGUUUCACAUAAUUCAGUAACCAGAACUAAACAAACCAAAGCAAAUGUUUUAGUAUGAUACAACCACUAGGUCAGACCUGAAAGAUACAGGUAUUUGACAACAAGUUAUUCGUGCCAGAAUAUCAUUACCACAAUAACACAAUCGUACUUUAUCUUGCAGUAUUAAUUCUAAUUGAGUCUAAGAAUAAAAAAGAAUCUUAAUUUUGGCAUCUAGUUUUAACACUAUCUGAUGCCUGCAUCUAUCAUAAUUAAACUCCCAGUAUAAUACAAUGUUUCCCAAGUUUGCAAACUUCCAUGUUUUUAUGGAUUUCAGUGCUGGAAUUCCUUGGCCAGCCUGGCCUUUGCUGAUCAUUCUUGGAGAGGAAGUCCAGACCAAUGGAAGUUGACAGGCUUGGAAAAUUCAGAUAAAAUAUUCAUAAGUUUGUGGUACAUCAAGCUUCUGACUCCCCACCAUGCCGUACUAGGGGAAUGGCUAUAACAUAAGCAUCAAUAACAUAAUUCACAAAUCUAUGUAUGCAUGAGAAAAAAAGAUACUGAUGGAAAAUAAAAAUCAUAUCACAUUUUCGCACUUUUAGCCUUUUGAAAAAAAUAUGUACUUCUUGGUUUAAAGGGCAAUUGCUCAGCUGCUUUACAUUUUUUCACCUGUGUUAUUUUUCCCUGCUUAUUUUGAUUCUUGUCUUAGUUGAGAUGUGUAGGCUUUCUGUACUUCCAUUCCCUAUCUAAAUUCAUCUUUCUUAUGGAUAGUACUGCAAACUUGCUUAAGUGAUCCAAGAAAUCUGCCACAUCAGAAUUUAAUUUAAAGAUGUGAAAUAAUCCCAGAAUUCAAAUCUGUCUGAGAACUCUAAUCCUUAUGAUAUGUAUAUUGUCUGUAUUCAUUCAAUGAUAAUAUUUGACAUUGCCCAUUAUUAUAAUAUCUUCCAAGGCUGAGCCUCCUAUUGAAAAAGGAUGUGAGGAUUGUUUCUUGGUGACUCAUGCUUCAUAUUAAUUCAUAAAUAUUCAUAAAUAUUCAGCAUCUGCUGUUUUAGGCAUCCAUUAUUCAUUAUUGAUUUGCUAACAAGCAUAUAUGUACUCUUACUUCCCUACUUUAUAUCUUAUCCAAAUAACCCAUAUUUGUGCUGAAAAAUAAACCAUUAUGGAAGACUCCUUUAUUAUAGUAAACCUUAGGCACAGAAUGAUGGCUGAAGGGGUAGGAGGCAUUAUGCUUUUCUGGAAAAUAUGUAAUAGUAGAGAAAUUAAUCAAACAGGAGUUAAGAACCAUCUUGGGAAUAUUAUGUUUGCAUAUGCCACAAUCAUUUUUGAACUUUAUUAUCUCUUCUAGCACCUUUCUGACAUGUAACAUACUUUCACUGCUAAGUGAUUCUGACAUCCCAGAAUCUAUUUUUCCUAAUAGAUUAGGGCUACCAGUUCAGCAUUUCUUUGCUGCCAUUUAGUGAUUAUCUGGAUUCUAGGAUCCCAGAUCUGGUAGUCUUAAAUAUAUCCUCUUACAAAAUGCUCCAAGACAGUGGUUUUCAAACUUGGCAAAUGUAGGAUGUGUGGACUUCAACUUCCAGAAUUCACUAAUAAGCAUGAAUUACCCUCAUCUUAACAUGGUCAAGAUUCAAAACAUUGUCACAGAGCAGUGAUGCAUUAAUCAAUUAUUCCAGAAUUUAUCUAAGUCAGGUUCAACAAAAUUGCUCUUUGCAUGACCUGGAUCCUACUACAGUUUUAGAUACAGAUACAGCUAUAGAUGUAGAUAACAGCAUUUUUCGGCCUGAGUACCAGGAAGGUUUAAACUAUGAUUCUGCAAUGUGCUUUUCCCCUGAUUUGCUAACUCAGAAAAUACCUUGAAAAUGUGAACAUAAAAGCCCCAGUAGAUGAGGGUUUCAGGAAAAGAUGGUUUGCUAUGGAUACAAACAUCACACUGGUUAAGUGUACAGUUUUCCAGGAAAAGACAUCCUCAAAAUUACAUCUGCCUUCUGACCAGAAUUAUUAUGUAGCCUGAAAACAAAUUGUCAUGCAUUCAUCGGUAUGUAAAAGGCACCAGCCUUUAAUGAAAAUGCUGCUAAAGCUCCUCUAAAAUAUUUUGGGAACAAAUGAGAUGUACUAAAGCAGUGUGCAUAGAACAGCACCUAAACUUUAUUGAUCCUAGAUGGAUUGUUGAAUGGUUUUGAAAUAAAAUCUAUUAGUAUGAAGGAAUAAAAUAUUUCAAAAUCUUUGGUUACAUGGCACCUGUUUUCCCUACUUAGUACUUGUGUCAAAAUCAUGCUAAACAUUACUGUUUGUGAAUCUGUAUGCCCAGAUAUGUGUUUUCAGGACUGCUGUUAUUAUGUCUAUAUUAAUAUACCACCAUUUACCUUUAUUUACAAUAUUGCCUUUUUUAUAACAAGCAUGUAUUAUUACAGUCAGAGAAGAAAAGCUCUCAUACCUCAUUUGACCGAUGUGUUUGUCUUCAUGACUGGUUCUUCAAUUCAUGAUGCAAAUCAUGAAUUUGUAGAAUUUAGCCAUCUCCUGAAGUGACAGUUUUCAGGGGUGAAAAUAAUACCAUAUAGUUUCAAAAAUAGAAAUUAACCAUGGAAUUUGUUUAGUAAGUAUUCUGCCAGCAUCUGUUUGUAGCUGUUUUAAGAACGUAUUUUGGGAAUACAUAGUAAUUGACAAACAAAUUUUACAGAACUGUUUAAAUAGUACAAUCUUAAACAUCUUUAUUUAAAAAUAAGCCCAAACUCAGUAGGAGUUAUAACCAGAUAAACAGGUACAGGGUGGAACUCAAAAUUCCUAGAUAAAAGAUUUGACUUUGAUGCCAAUGAAGUGAAGACAUACUUCAAAAAUUGUACUUUAUUUUAAGAUUACCUCUUAGGCCUUUCAGUACCUCAGUAAAUUCUGUAUUUUCACAGUCCAGAUCACAUUUUUCCUAUAGGGAUUUUCUCUAGAAAUAUUUCAUAUUUGGGCAAAUUAACAAAUUUUCAUAGAUAACCAUAAUUGAAGCAUGUUCCUGCAGACAGAAAACAAGUUGAAAUCUUAACAAUUAUUAAUGACCAUUUAUUUUGGUGCUGCAGUUACACUAAAAAAAAAAAACCUGCUCAGGUAUUUUGCAAAUCUAUUCAAAGUAAGUCAUACUAAAUGUUGGGGGGGGGUGUCUAUACCCAAAUAAAAAGGUAUAGGAUUGCACCGUGGUAACUGAAGAGUAUGUUUUCCAAGAAUCCAUAACCAAAGAACUCUGGCUUCCUAUAUUGAAAUAAAACAAAUAUUUUAUCAGUAGGCUAUCAGAUCUCCAUGCAAAAAUCUAGUAAGUCAUUGAAGAGAAGGUUUGCAGCCCAUUUCUGUUAACACUAUAAUCAAUAUUGUUCAAAUAGUAUGUAAAAUGAUGUAACUUCCAGCAUUUAUAGCUAAACAAAUAGCAGGAAAUGAUUGGUGUUAAAACAGAUUAGGAAAUAGACCUAAUUCUGUAAUUAUCACGUAAAUCAAAUAUUAUAAAAUGAUUUUUUUUUAACAUUUUUUGCCAAUUAAAAAUUCAUGUAGCAUUUUUGAGACAGUGGCCGAUGGCUGAAUGAUCAUUUUUCUCAGUAUUUUGUUGGUGGCAAUUGUUCCAUAUUUAUUUACUUUGUUAAAAUU